AUGAACAUCAAAAAAAAAUUUUUUUUUACCUCAAAAAAAUUGUUAGAUGCUGAUGCUGAUUUAACCAACCAAAUACUUGAUCUUGUUCAACAAGCUUUACAUUAUAAGCAAUUAAAGAAAGGUGCUAAUGAAGCCACUAAAACGCUUAAUCGUGGAAUAUCUGAAUUUAUUGUGAUGACGGCAGAUACGGAACCAAUUGAGAUUUUAUUACAUCUUCCAUUAUUAUGUGAAGAUAAGAAUGUUCCAUACGUUUUUAUUCCUUCAAAAACUGCGUUGGGACGCGCUUGCGGAGUAUCUCGAGCGGUUAUUGCUGCUUCCAUAACAAGUAAUGAAGCUUCUGAACUUAAACCUCAAAUUCAACAUAUAAAAUCGCGAAUUGAAAGAUUGUUGAUAUAA